AUGAAGGUUCACUCUGACACCACCGCACCGGACAAGGAGCCGAUGAAUCCGAUUCGACGGCUAGCAUCAGUCACUUGGAAGGCGUUCCGUCCACCACAAAUGGCAUUUUUAAAUCAAACCUCGCUAUUGGCUGCUCUAGAAUCUUCUACAAUCCAAAUAGAUAUGGAAACUUUUCUCUUUGGCCUCAAUCAGUUUCGUAUGUCGAUCGUAUAUGAUCGGAAAUUUGACUCGGCCGAUUUCUCAGAAGCCUGGAAGCAGAAGUUCAGCCAUGCGCCAACGUGGUGCGAUGCCGACAUGUCACUACAGCAGAUCAAUAGGGACGCUCAGAGGAAAUCGAAUCGCGUUGUAUGCGAGAAAUCAAUUUUAUAUACGAUUUGUUGCUACGGCCUGAAAGAUGUUGUUAUAGAGACCGAUAUUGUUAAGCUAUGGGUUCAACAAGGUGGUCGGUUAAGUGAAGAGAUGAACUUUCUUGACAAAGUGCGAGCAGAAGCAAAUCGGAUAUCCAAACGUGACGUUGGAGAUGACGCAAUCGACGCAGAAGUACGGCGUGGACCAGAUCUGCCACGUGAAAAUGGCCUUGGCGGAGGCUUUCAGCUUGUCAUUCAAACACCAGUACGAGAAAAGGAGAACGUAUUAUCAAAAGAGUCACUACUGCGGCAUGUCAAACUAAUGGAAGAGAUCUCGAAAUACGAGUUGUUGGUUAUUGGUGUGCAAGGAAGAAAUGGUUUAUCAGGACAACUAGUGUUGAAGACGAAACACAGAAUGAAAUGGACGCUGAGUGAUAUUUGCUUCAAGCCGCCUAGCCCAAAACUCACUAAUGGGCCGUUAGCCAAGCUGAUGAACUCUUUGCUCGACAAAAUGAUUCCUUGUAUAUGGAUCACACCAAUUGAUUGCUACUGGGAAGGAUCGAAACCGCUGGGACCUGAUCCACCAAUCAACCUCGGUGAAGAAAUUAGUGGUUUCGUCACUUCACUACCAAAGGGUAACGUGUCGUGGAAGAAUUUGAACCCAACCGCUGUCAUGGCCGAAGCUGGUAUUGGUGCAGCAUAUACAGAUCGGCCCUGCAUUGAACCGCUGGAUCCCGAAUGCCCGAAGACUUCGCCGAAUUACUUCGACCGUUGUACUGCGAUGGAGAAGUUUAAUGAAUGGAACAUGGCGAAACCAGACGCUGAAAAGAUUCAACUCGAACGUAAGCCAUACCAAGAGAAAAAGGAGGAUCCGGAUAGCGCAGCACAAUUAACCGAAACCAUCAUCAACGACAUUUUCGGACGUAAGAAACGCGAUGCUCCCGGCAGUAGGGUAACGACGGGCUCACAAAAACCGAGCGCAAAAGACGAGGACUACUACGCAUAUGAAGAUUCCGAUUAUGACGUCACAAUUACCAAUGCAUCGCAUUCCAAGCACAAGAUGGAUCCUAAGGAGCUGAUGUGCUUGGAAUACGGCGAAUCGUUGCUGAAGUGGAUGAGCGCGAAUCGUGAUCGAUGGGGAGAAUUUUUGACUCAGAAAGAAAUGCCGAAAGAUCCGGAUUAUGAUGAGGUGAUGACAGGCGGCUGUAAAGGCUUUGGUAAAACGAUUAUGGAAUGGCCUGAAGAUCUCAUCAUUGGAGGAAUUAAACGCAGUAGCGGCAAGCUUAGUUCCGCAGAAGCUCUACAAAGAAAAGAAAGAAACACACCUAACUUGGAUGUGGCCACGUGGAAUCCUGGCUGGGCAGCGGAUGUUGUGUUCGGCUGGCAGAGGAACUUCACCAAAAGGCUUUAUGGGCACGAAGCUAAUAAAAACACGGAAGAACGUGUUUUCCAUCCACUGGCCUCCACUUCCAUAGCCGAUAUGCUCGAGGAAUUCUCCCAGUUCAACUACACUAUCAUCAUUCUUGGAUAUGUUCUUAUGCAAUAUCGAUAA